AUUAAUUGCAAUCGAAAGUGUUAAACAGAUACAAAUGACAUACAAGCUAUACCCGGCGUCAUAACCUUAGGUCAAAUAAGCAACGAUUUCAUCGAUGACCUGUGGAUAGUCUCCCUUGGAAUUGGCGAAUGUGUUCUCCAAGUCGGCUAGUAAUGAUUUUGAGAAGCUAAAUCGAUAUAUGCAUGGAAUUGCUACACAAUGUGGUAUGGUGUAACAUGGGAUGCUCAGUUUGGUAACUUUGAGAGAAGCAUGACUAAUGCUGUCGCUGCCUUUCAAGUUUCCAGUUCAAGACCUUGGACGUGUAUACUGACGUUUGAAGCCGAGGGGACAAAGCGGAGCUCGGUCCAGAUGGGAAACAGCCUCCUAGCCAUCACUUCUCGACCAGAACCAGUCUCCCUUCAACACACUCACCGGCUCCUGUCUUCCUCCUUUCUGAAAUCCAUGAUACAUUAUAUAAUGGGAUGUGUCAAAUCCAAGAAGAACAAUCCAACCCAGUAUGCCAACUCAGUGGAGAAUGCGGACAACAAGCCUGGGAAGCGGCAGUCCGACAACGUGCUGCUUGUCCACUCAGACACGGGGCCAGUGGACGACUCUUCCCGUGUGUCCCCCAUCCUACUGGAGUACGCCCAGCAGCUGUCGGAGGAGAUAGUGGCACGAGCGGUACAGCAGUGGCUAGAGCUGGACCGUCGAUACAGUGACAUCCCUUACAUUGAAUGUGACGUGCCGUGACAUCCACCGUGUCUCCCUUUCUCCUCUGUCUCUUUACGGGAUGAGGAAGUACCACAGAAGCAUUUCUGUUCUGAGAUUCACAUUGUCCCUCUAGAGAGAAGAGGACUACUGGGCAGCCUAAAGACAAGCAGUUGGCACUCAGUAUAUGGUUUAACCUUUAAUCUCACUCCUACUAGCUGGAAAUCACAAGAUGUUGAUGCCGUCUUAUGGUCCAAAGCCAUUUUGUCUGUUUAAUUCACACUUGGAUGGUUUUACUUCUCUGAUGACAUUUUGACAUUGGCUAAUGAACAAAGGCAUGGCUACAGCUUUGACAUUCUAGACCAUAUGCUUGCCUUUGGCAUUAUCUAGAUAGGAGUUCCAAGUGGAUGUGUUUGGUUACACUUCUUUCAAUCUUAGGAAUCAACAAAGAAUUAAAAAUGAAUCCUGCUUUGGAAACAACCGGUUCUGCCUCCUAGUGAAUCUACCAUUUCUGCUUGAUGUGCCAUCCUCAAGCGACAGUUUGUGUAAAUGCUGAAAGUUAUUAAAAGGCCCCUCAAGCAUUAGUUGCUUGUGGAGCCAGAAGGUACUGUACAGCACCUUAUUUAUCAGCCUUCCCAGAUAGAAUCUCAGAGGUAAUUGGAUAUCAGCCUCCCAUCUUGUGGUCCAAAAUCAAGGGAAACUCAUUCUUAAUUUCACCAAAGAAUCAGGCCUGAUGAUGAGCUGGAGCAACUAUGGACCUCACAACGGUCACAUUGAUAAGACAAUUCAAUAAGAAAUGUAUGUUUUCAGGAUUCUUCCAUUCAGUUAAUUUAAAUGACAAUACAACUAGUUCUAUAGACCACGAGAAUCAAGAUACAGAUUUCCAAAUUGACAUACUUGGCACCUAUACCUAAAGAGUGCUUGGUUCACAAAUAUGCAUUUCACAAAUAUCCAACGCUUAAAGGCCAUGGAAUUUGAGUGCAAAUUGCUUCUUAAAAUAGCAUGAUGCUAACUCAUCAUGAUGCUAUUUUAACAGGUCAUAGGUCCACAUACUGAUGUCUUGGCUUUUGAGAUGUUUGGAAUAAGGGACCACAACUGCCAAAGUUCAUACAAGCACAAAUAUUUUUUAAUGGGCUUUCUCAUGAGGUUGAUGUGGUAGAAUGAUGUGGCAAUUUUCCUGCGCUUUAAGCAGGCUGCUAUUGUAUACAAGAUGAAUAACAAGCCAUUACUUCACUGGCAUUUGAGACUUUUAGGACGUUUACAUGUGAAUCUCAAGAAAGAACUCAGCUGCAUAUUUGGUGGUGAUGUGCUUUUAAUGUUAUGCCCAAAGGUCCAUUGCAUUUAAAAACAACCAAUAUAUAACAUUAGCACUAAUCUGGGUCAAGCGGUUAAUCUUUUGAAAUAUGAUAUAAACAAACAGUAAAGCUUACUUGAUUUUUUCUCUUCUCCAUAUUGUAUUCUGAAAUCUGAAGUACUGGGAAAUGGAAGGUUCUUAAAUCAGACUUAUGUUAACCCUGUUUCAGCUACACGAAAAUGGAAACAAAAUUAAAAUACAAAUAAAGAGGGAAACUUGAGUUAAUUUUUUUUUCUUUAAGGUUCAUUUGCACUUGAAAUUACACAAUAAGUUACAUUGUAGACAUGUAGCUCUAUGAAAUAUGCAGUUACUAGUGAAUGUCUGCACACACCAUUCCAUGUUUGUUGCUUACCAGAUGCUCCUGUACAGAGCAACUAUGGUUAAGUGCUUUGCUCAAGGGUGCAACGUUUUUAACCUAGUUCGCUAAGAGAUUCAAACCAGCAACCUUUUUAUUCGCUGGCUCCAAGCUCUAACCAUCUGCUGCUUUUCAUUGGCUUGUAAUUAUUGUUCACACAAAUUACAAAAUACAUUGUAAUUUUUUACAUUGUAAUUUUGUUCCAAAAAAACAUUUUUGGAACAAAAUCCCCUCAAAAGGUCUGGUACUGAUAUUAGCAUUUUUUAUGCAUUCAUGCUCAAAUAAUUUGAUUCAUAUUUACAGUUGAUUAUAAAGCAUAAUAAAAUGACAGCAGGGAAGUCUAGAGUUUAGAGCAUCUGACCAAUGAUGAAUGUUGAAUUGAAUCCUGAAGCUGACACGGUUAAAGAUAUAAUCCUGUCCCUAAACAAAGCAAUUAAACCACAUUGUUCCCAGGUCUUUGUUGAAAAUAAGAAUGUGUCUGAGUCAUACUUGCCUAUUAAACUGUUAAAAAAGGCACUUCGAUUAUUAUACCUAUGUUGUUUUCAAAAUUGCUGAAGCUCAGUAAAUUUGUUUGGGAGUCAUUGAGGGAUGACAAUAUUCAAACAUUAUCUCUAAUUCAAAUUAGGAUUGAGAUCAUGGGAACAUUCAGAAACUGUCAAAACCUUUUUGAAUACAAUUCUGGCGUUUCUUUGGCAUUAAAUAUUGUAGCAACCUUGGUAAGGCCACUACUUGCCCCUCCAAUGGGGACAUCCCUAUUUGGAGCAGUGGGUAGUGCGCCCGUCUGGGCAGUUGAAGGUUGCAGGUUUGAGACACUGCCCGCCUGAUGCCAUAAUAUGUGAGUCUUUUGAAAGAAUAUAAUUAUCUUGGGUUUAAUUUUCUUUAAAAACCUAACCCUGCGAUAGUUGAAAGUAUACUAAAACAAUAUUCCACCAAAAUAAAAACAGAAAUUAGAAUGCAAAAGAUACUAAAGAUGCUGAAUGUUCCAGGGUGGUCAAGUUAGAAGAACUGUGGUCUAACAGUGAAUUACAACCAGGUUUCUCAAUGCUUUCAGUUUUAAAGAAAUACAAGGUAUACCAAAUAUCAAAGCCUGAAUCAACUACGUGAGACUGGGAUUCUUAGGUACAGCAUACAUGGUUAUUCCUUCUUUCUAAUGUCAAUAUCGGUAACAAUGGCGAAAUGUCAACUGAGUUACAGUAAUAUCUUGUAACAGUCUUUCCGGUCAACUCUUCAGUUUGAUUACAUGUAAAGAGUUUUCGGUUUAAAGACAAAAUACAGUAUAUUAAUAUAAUAUUUUACCUGCAGCCCUUUAGAGGUCUGUAAGUAAUGUGACAAUGUGACAUCAAUAAAGUUGAAAAAUGCACCUUC